AUGUCGAGUUUCUCUAGAUCUGCCCAGCAAUGGGCAACUUUUGCCCGUUCCUGGUUUGUGAUUGAUGCCAGGAUGCAGCCUCCUGGAAAAAUAGCGUCUAUGUGUUCUAUUAGAUUACAGGGGAAACACAAACCUAUCUACCAUGCACUGAGUGACUGUGGGGACCAUGUGGUAGUAAUAAAUACAAAAGAAAUAGCUUUCUCUGGAAAUAAAUGGGAGCAGAAAGUCUAUUCAUCACACACAGGGUAUCCAGGUGGAUUCAAACAGGUCACAGCUGCGCAGCUCCACCAUAAGGACCCAAAAGCUAUUGUGAGGUUAGCAGUUUAUGGCAUGUUACCUAAGAAUCUUCACCGUCGCACCAUGAUGCAGCGAUUACACAUCUUUCCUGAUGACGUGCUCCCAGAAGACAUCAGAGCCAACCUGACAGAGGAGCUGCCUCAGCCCAGAGAAAUCCCCAGGAAACUCAACGAAUACACUCAGGAGGAGAUCGACGCUUUCCCCAGGCUGUGGACACCACCUGAUGAUUACAAGAUGAAAUGAAAUCCAGGUGGCUGUUCAGGACCUUAGCUGAAAAGUUCUUUUUUUUUUUUUUUUUUUUCAUCUUCACCACUGUACAUGCAAGUAUGGAUUUAUGAUUCUUGGCCAAGAAUUGAAAUCAGUAGCCAAGCAGGUUUCUAGGGUUUGCUAAGUGAUAUUUAAUCUGUAAAAACACAACUGAUUUUCUCUGAUCAGAUGAGCUGUGACAGGACACAAAUGUUGGAUUUUGUGAUUUUUCUCUUUAAACCAAGUUGAUAGCUCUGGGUGAGUUCACGAUAAUCUGAACUAAACUAAAGCAAUCAAUGCCAGCAUCAUCAACACAAACUGCAUCUCACUGGGAAUAUUUACAAGAUGCCUCUCUAUCAGCUGUAUUACCCCCUACACUACUGCAGCAGACUGCAUUAAACAGCAACAGCUUGAGGUUUCACUGUGUAGCACUUUCCUGAUCAGAGAAAAUCAAAUUAUGUUGGUUUUCCUCUGAUCAGACUACAGAACAGGCAGAUCUGGCCUGUUAGAUGGACGUCUGUCAGAGAGGAUCAACAGUAAAACCAGUAAUGUUACUAUGAACAGUUUGGUCAUUGAUUUGUUCACUUUGGUCAGGAAAAAGUCGGUGUGUAAGACCUUUGUGAUAAAACAUAAAUCCAGUUUUGAGCUGUAAAAUAGGCUAAUAAACAAUUUAAUGAAACUGUUCUCGACAAGUUUAUAGUCGUUGUAAAAUAUUGUUAAAGUCUGACCUUUUUUAUGCCAUUAAAGUUAACAAAUGACCUAAAA